AUGCCGAACCCGCCGCCGAAAGAAGAUACAUGGGCGUUCCAGCCAAUCGGAGCACCGUUCCCGCCGAGUCCCGUCAAGUGUAUGGGCGAGCAGAACAUGUACGUCGCUCUGUGGUACAAACACGGAAAGCCGAUUCAUGGACGUUCGUGGAACAAUGGAGGAGUCGUUGAAUGCUCAUUCCCAUACAAGGAGGCCGAGUUGACCACCAAGCAGCAGUUGGAGGGACAGAUCCAGGUCUUGCAGUACCUUGGAGACCAUAACAAUCAAGGUUUCUGGUACGAGUGGAUCAAGUACAAGGACCGUAUUGAGAAGCUCGAUGACAAGCACCAACUCGUCCGCUGUGGAGACUCCUUCCCGAUCUUCUGGAAGCGUGCCGAAGGAAAUCUCAUGGGAUACGUUGACAACAAGACUGAGGAAGCGUGGUUCUCGUUCAAUGGAAAGGUGAUCAAGCAGUUGGGACCUCAACUCAACGACAUGUACAUCAUCACUCGUAAUUGCGUUGGAGGACCCCCACAUUGUCCAUGCGCCGCCUGCGGAGCUGCUCCACCACCACCCAAGCCAGUGCCACGUAUCGAAAGAGACGAAUGGAUGGAUAUUCGUGAGGGAGAUGCUUGGCCAACCAACAGACAGCUUGUUCGUGCCCUGGACAAGUCCCUUGACACCUUGCCGGGAGUCGCUGCUGACCAGUAUGUUGCUCUUUGGUACAUGCAAGGAGAGCCGGUCAUGGGUCGCGUCUGGAAUGAGGGUGGAAAGAUCGCCGCCAACUUCUCUUGGUUCAACAACGAGUACAGCAAGAACGUCGGAUCCAUCCAGCUUCUCGUCCAUCUUCCCGACUCGGUCCGUGGCUACGACUACGGUUGGAUUCCAUUCCCAGAGGCUGCCAAGUUCGGAGACAAGCAAUGGCAUCCGGUCCAUGUCAACAACCACAAGGGAGACAUCUCGGUUGGAGUCAUCAACGUCGCCGGAGGCAAGCAGAUCCUCGCCAAGGUCGAUGUCCGUAACGAGUCGUACGGAUAUGGUUACCAAGGAAAGGAGGUGUCUGCUCGUGGACCGGCUUGCUCUUCCAGCACCAUCGUACUCUGCCGUAAGGCCAAGCCAGGACACAAGUUGGACGGAUAA